GGAGCGCGUAGUCGGUAGCGGCUCGACGACCGGAGCGGGAGUCAGCAAACUGAGCUCUCGGUCGCACGCGCUCGUUUUCAAGCCCACGGCGCGGUGGUGGUGUUUGCGCCCCGCUCCUCCCCUCCUCUCUCACACAGGCCGACUCGGCGCACGCGACCCGCCGGCGGAGCCCUCGCGCACAUAGCAGCCGAAGACGUCGAACGGAAGAAGGAACAUCGCUCUUUACCCGAUUCGGGACGUCCCAUUCGUUUCAUCACUCCGCCUCUUCAUAAGACCGCGCUGCGCCUCUUCAUUUGGAACUGUCGAGCGGCUGUGCUGCUGUUUGGCCAAAAAUAUCCUCUGCCGAUCGUUCGUUCACUCUGCUCCGCGUAUGGAAAGUACAAUUUUCUCUCAACUCGGUUGAAACAAGAGCGGGAAUUGUAGGGACGCUUGACGGUGCAGUUUGUGUUGAGUAAUACCUGCUUCUCCAUGGAGGACCAGACUGUGCACGUUUUUCUGUCCCCUGUUCACGAGUCGCCCACGGCACACCCGUGAGCGUCACCGUCCUCAGCUCCAGCUGUUACGCCGUCGAGUCCCCGAGCUGGUCGUCGCCGAGGUUGGAUUGUCAAGUUCAGCGGACUAGCGUGGCGACGUGUGGAUUACUGCUGCAUUGUUGCUCUGCAGCCGUAGACGUGUAUGAAAGCGUGGAGGCCGUCCUCGUAUACGACGCACGUUCCGAACGAAGUAUUCGUUGGCCAUGGGCGUCGGCGAUCUCCUCUCCUGGACUAGCGACCUCAGCAGCCAUGCCCGCCCCAAUGCCAGGCCCUCCCCGAGCUUGCCUUCAGUGCGUCACGUCGCGACCCAUCACGUGACUGACCUCCAGUGACCGCGGCUGUCUGCCUUCUUUUGGAGAGCGUACUUUCCAUACUCAAGACCAUUUCGACGGUUCGUGAACGCAGUCCUUCGUAAUGACCAGAGAGCGCCGGGCUUCUGCAACACUGAUACUGUCCGCCUGCUUGCUGCCCUGGUGUUGCCUCAGUGUACAAGGCUCUCGCACCGAGCGGGUGUUCGCCCAGCUGAAGGCAUUGCGCGAGUGUGAGCAGCGGGCGUUCUUCGACGCUGGAGACAACGAUACCGCUGGAUGUGACUGGAGGUUCGACGGUUGGCACUGCUGGCCACCGACACCGCGUGGAGUCACGGCUAAAGCGCCAUGUCCUACGCUCCUGCCUGGCAACGUGAAUGCCUCAGCUACGGCCUCAUACCACUGUCUUAUGAGGGGCUCCUGGCAAGAUGAGAUGGGUAACUACAGCACCUGUACAACAUCACCGUACUUCGACCCCGAAUUGAAGCUUCUGCUUGACAUUGCUGAGGAGAUAGGGGAGUACGUUCCUUGGGAGCAGAGCUCUCCGAGAGGGGAGAACUGGAUGUGGCAAGAGAAGAUCGACCACUUCAAGCACUGCCUUGAGCACGUACUCCUCAAGCCAUUUCCUGAACUCGGGGCAAACGAGUCUCUGUGUCCCCGAACAUGGGAUGGCUGGAACUGCUGGGACGACACGCCACCUGGACAGACGGUGUUCGCGCCAUGUCCACAAUUUGUGGCCGGCUUUUUGUCGACUAGACAAGCACAUAAAUUAUGCACGUCAAACGGCACGUGGUUCCGGCACCCCGUAACCGGUCACAUCUGGUCCAACUACACCGCCUGCGUAGACACUCACGACCUUCAGUUCCGAAACUUGGUCAAUUCCCUCUACGUCACGGGAUACUCCAUAUCUCUGGUCGCUCUACUCUUGUCACUCUUCAUAUUUUGUUACUUUAGAUCUCUUCGUUGUAGGAGGAUCACUAUUCACAAGAAUUUGUUCACUUCGUUCAUCAUCAAUAAUCUAUGUUGGAUUCUAUGGUACAUCCACGUCAUCGCGCAGCCACAUGUGAUAGAAGAGAGUCCGAGCUGGUGCCAGGCUCUGCACGUCGUGACGCAGUACUUCCUUUUGUGCAAUUACCUCUGGAUGUUCUGCGAGGGUCUUUACUUGCACACGCUACUUGUUAUGGCGUUCAUCGCCGAGGACAAGAUUCUCAAGUGGUUCCUGCUCAUCGGAUGGGGGUUUCCUUUGCUUCCAACCAUAGGUUACGCUGUAAUGCGUGGCUUAGAUCCUGAGGCAUCAAGAAUGUGCUGGGUCGAGCAUGACGUCUGGUACACUUAUAUCCUGAGCGUUCCUGUGUGCUUCUCGAUACUGCUGAGCUUCGCAUUUCUCGUCAACAUCGUAAGGGUUCUUGUCACGAAGCUUCGGGCUGUCAAUUCCCCUGACAACGAGAGCACAAGGAAAGCCGUGCGGGCUACCGUGAUAUUGCUUCCUCUCCUGGGUUUGCACUACGUGGUGACUCCCUUCAGGCCCGACAAGGGAUCCAUCUUUCUUGCAUAUGAGAUAAUCUCAGCGCUGGUCACUUCGUUACAGGGUCUUUGUGUUGCUCUCCUGUUUUGCUUCUUCAAUGGAGAGGUUCUAGGCGUCCUUCGGAAGACACUCUCGCAGACACCGUGUUUCAGAAAUGACAGCCGACGGAUGUCUUACGCAAAUACCAGCAUCAGCUUUCUUCCAAGACGUUCCUCUGACGGCAGAAGUCCGUCUGUGUCGCCCAACCAUCAGCAGACCAUGCUGUGAAAGGAGACAAGCGGGAGUUUGUGUGUAAAAAGACUGGACAGCUCAUUUCUUCGCCAAUUGAACGUCAAAUAUUCCUGGGGGACAAUUUCGCCGAACAGCAAACACGCACACGCACGGACGAUGCCAAGUUUUUCGUUACACGGCCAGACACUCGUCCCCAACUGUGCUUGCAAGAAACUCCGCUCUCCUUGCGAAUGUCGCGAUGUGCAUACCAACGGACCGACCGUCGCUGUCCACCGUAACAUGGUGGCAGCCCAUCGGACAUCAGAUCACAAAUGUUUUCUUCUUUUUAUUAUUUUGUCGAUGAUGUCGAUUGCUUAUACCUACCCGAGUUUUUUUGUUGUUGUUACUUUGCGAGGAAUAUGUCAACCAAACGAUUGUGCCGUUAACACGAGAAAAGCGCUUAUGAGUGCUAACUGUGACUGAAAUGUACGAAGAGAUGCGCGUGAAGUGAACUUUUUGAGAGACGAAA